AUGACGACGAUUAGUGAUGAGACAGCAUUAGAGCCCAAUAAGGAACCACAGACGUCAAAUGGAACGCCAAGUCCGGUCAAGUGUAAUUUGGACAAGGCAAAGAGGCUUUUACCGAAGGAGCUGCGGAAACGACGUCGGGAAGCGAAACUUCAAGUAUUGGCGGAGAAGAAGGCGCGAGCAUCUUUGGACUCUUCUUAUACUUGUUCAAAGCUUACCAGACCAAAGCCGACAAGGAAAGCUGCUGAGGACAAUGAAAUUGAACUGGACGAUCAGAAUUCUAUUGAGGAGAAGGAGGAAGCAAAUACUGCUGAAUCAUCGACUGUUGUAGCAAAACAAUUCUCUUCAUUGGCUCGUGAAGAGAAAAAAUUGUCACAUGCAACUGGUACCACGGCAACGCGUUUGCAUUCGCUGUACGCAUCGUCACUCUUGAGUCAUAAGAGACGACAACUUAUUCCGGGUGCAAACGUCCCGAACAUUUUCCAUGUUACAGAUCUACCGCUGGACGUCGUGCCCAAGACAAAACUAUCGAUUCUUACUGCAUUUCCUUUUCCUUUUACGCGCGUCAAUUCACAGAUCAAGAAACAAGCACUGCAUCGAUUUGUUGCCGGUAGCGCCAUUCAAUCUACUUCUCAUAGCAAUGCAAUGCGAUGGCAGCAGGCAUUACAUUAUUUCGUACACCCCGCGGAUUCCGUGCCGGCAUCCAUGCUCCUCAACCACGCCACUGGUGCAAAUACAAGUGAACAGUUAUUAGGAGGACCCGACGGUGAGCGCGAACGGGUAGAGAAGGCGUUUUUCACGGCGCGUUGGAAUACGUGGCAGAAAGCAUUUCGUGACGUCUACAUGAACUUCCGGCAACAGGGAGGUGGUAAAGCCCACGAUAGCUCGUUCUAUCUCCGUUCGAGCGACUUUGUAGUUUACUUCGAGUAUGAAGCAGGCAGCGAGAGUACCGCAAAAGAUGCUGGGGACAUCUCAUCAAUUAUUAACUUAUGCCGGCAGCAUGACUCAGAAGCAGGACUCUCCGAGAAAGAGGUAGAGAGCAAGUGCACCUCGAAAGCAAGGCUCUGUGCAGUCAUGUCCCAGUCAAGCGGGAGAACUCGCAAGGCAUUGCACCACCUCAACGUAGCAUACACCAUGCCGUACAUCAAUACAAAUCAGACGCAGCGCGAAGUUGGCGAGUUUCACAUGCUAGCAGAAGAGCUCGAAGCGAAUCGCUUCAAAAAUCGAGAUAAUGGCGGUGGCAUGGCUUUUGCACCCAUAGCCCCAGAAAAUAUGCAUGGUGCUGACUCGCUGCUACUCUUUCACGGACACGACGCUGUACAUGGACUCUACGAGUUUCUCAUCAACCGAGCACCCAUGUCGAACCAAGAUGUACCCAAAUUGUAUGCAUUGCACCCGUUUACGAACGCUUCGAUCCAAAGCUUGCAAGUGACAUCAUUUGGCCGCGUCGGUGGUGCUCCGACUGGAUCACUUGCAGCAGAUCAGUCAUCGCGAUCGACUACACUCUUUCGAACCGAGAUAGUCGGGUUCUGCUUCGCUUUUAGUAUUGCAAGAUUACUUGCUGUACUGAAGGAUGAAUGGGAAACAAUGAAGCUAUCUUAUGGUUCAUCAGCAUUAGCUGAAGAGUCGUCGAUAGGAAUGCAAAAGUCCCAAAUUGCGCUCCGUACGUACAUGGAGGCAAUGACAGGUACCGAGCGACUGAACGCCGUCAAGCUCGACGAACAAAUUGCAAAAGGUGGUAACGAGAAAAAUGGAAUCCAGAAGCGUCAACAAGAGCUUGAAUUCUCCAAGAGGCGAGUAGAGGCAGUGGUUGUGACGAAAAUGGAAAACCACUACAACGUGGAAACAACGACUCGGUCGGUCGUCCGUCUUUGA